CCAGGAGGUCAUUCAUUCCACGUCAAAGAGAAACUAGUCUGGGGAGUGACAGUGGAGCGAGGGGACGGGGAGCGGUUAUAAUAUUUGUUACGUUACUGAUACCGACACAGGGACGAGAAACUGACGCGGUGCAGCUCAGGGACAUUAAUUUAUCCCAAGCAGUGACCCAACGGCAACGCGGUGUUGUAAUGGGCAAAUAAUGUGAAGUAUUGUGAGCGGUAGCGACAGUGCGAAGCUGCUGGCCGGCCGGGCGAUGACUACAGUCAGCAGCCGCAGGAGGGUGGGUUCAGAGAGAGAAAGCGAUAGGAAGUCAGCAACAUCCUCAAAACUGUUACCGGCAGCCCCAGGGCGCACGCACACACACUCAGGCGGGAGUUUCGGCGUCCACCUUCUAUUCUGCCGCUGAGUCGAGCUGGUAGGACACUCUGGACAGGACAAGAGAGAGAGGGAGAGAGAGACGGCGGCAGUCCCAGCUUCACUUCCUUGCUGGGACAUGGCCCGGAGCAGGCGAGCCCGAGCCCAGGAAGCUGCAACCCAGCGACCGUGCACUGGGAACCGGGUUUUAUGUCCUUCUCACCUGAAUGAGAAUUAGUUCGCUCCUCGCUUCGGGACUCAACGAGAAAAAGGGACGAGGAGUCAUCGGCUCUCCCAUUCAAAUCUCUCCACAGAAACCCUUCCCCCUCACCAAAAAAAAGGGUUAAGGAUUUUCUACACGAAAGCGGUGUUAUUUACUUACAGUGUGUUUUAAAACACAAAAGCAUAAGGCCUGUCAGGAGCCGAUUUCUCUCCAGCCUUCAGUAGAAGGUUGAAUGAACGUCUGCUAUGGGAGCUUGUUGACCGAGUUCUUCCCGCGGUGCAGAUGUCAAUGGUGCGCCUGGUGACUUGGGGACUCGCGUCUCUCGCUCUCCUCGUCUUCCUACAAAGUGCCAUGGGUUGUAUCAACAGCCUCGCCUGCAAGCCGAGAGUGUGCCGGGACUCCAUCUCCCUGCAGGAGGUGUCGGCCAGCAUCGACAGUAACCCCACCAGCAUCGACGAGUCGUCUGACAUCGUGCUGCGCUACCGGACUCCCUACUUCCGAGCCUCGGCGCGGGUCUGCGUGCCCCCGAUCCUCAAGGCGGACACCUGGGUGGUCGGCUGGAUUCAGGCGUGCAACUACAUGGAGUUUCACAACGCGUACGGCGAUGUGGGCAUGUCCAGCUGGGAGCUGCCGGAUCUCAGAGAUGGAAAGAUCAGUGCAAUAAGUGACUCUGAUGGAGUGAAUUAUCCUUGGUACGGUAACACAACCGAAACCCACACAAUAGUGGGGCCCACCAGAAGGGAAGUGCGCUUUACCGUCAGCAUGAAUGACAACUUCUACCCAAGCGUCACCUGGGCCAUCCCUGUCAGCAAGUCCAACAUACCCCAACUAUCCAGUAUAAAGAGAGACCAAAGCUUCACCACUUGGCUGGUCGCCGCCAAUCAAGAUACAGGUGAGAUAAUCAUCUUGCAAACAAUCAAAUGGAGAAUGAAGCUUCACAUUGCUGUGGAUCCGACAGAAAGCCUGGGACGGCGUGCUGUUCUGAUGGAGCCCAUCAGUCAAGAACAUCCUGUGAUUCUCACCAAGAACGAGCCAAUUCCACAAAAUGUGUUAAAAAAACCCAACGCAAAUGAUGCUCAGGUGCUGAUGUGGCGGCCGACUUUUGGGGAAUCGCAGGUAGUCAUCCCUCCGAAGAACUGAAAGAACAAAAUCACUAGCAAUGUGUUGAUGCUCCUGAAAUACAACACAGCACUGGAUGUUCAAAACCAACCUGUGCACUAAUCAUAUAACAACUGCUCUACCUUAAACCAAAACAGUAGAGAACAACAUCACUGUGCUGAAAUCUGAUUUGUUUGCUGAGCUAAAGGCCAUCACACUGUGGGAUCAUCUCAUCUUAAAGACUUUAGCUUUGGCUUCUGGUCCUCUGUUGACGCAUCGCACAAGUCAAAGAAAUUUUAUUGAAUGUUGGUCAAAACUGGAAUGCAAUUGCACAAUGAACAAUUUUUGCAAAAUUUUGUUUUUGUACUAGAAAAAAAACUAUCUCCUGACCAUGCUGCCUUAAGUUAGCAAAAGCAUCUCAUUGCAAGUAUUUGCCUUAAAAUGUCAAACUGAAUGCUGUUUCAUUAUGACUGCAAUAUGCGAUUGUAAACCAGCCUGCUCUUGAUCUGUGAAUAAUGUUUCUUCAUAAAUAACACGUUUCAUUUUGUGGUGAGGCCCUGAAAGUGAAUUUUCAAGUGGGAUCUAAUUAACCAACCUUAAAGUCUAUUCAUUGAUAGUCAAGAAUAUGAAUGGGGAUGUGGUACUGUCCAGAAUGGGGUGAUUUCAAGUAAUGGUCAACUUAGAACAAACCGAAGUAGACCACAAUAUUCCAAUAUCCAAGACCCUGAGAACCACCAAUAUCUCGGUAGAUUACCAAGAUGUUUUAUACCAUUCUUUCAAUUUUCAUGGAAAAGAUUUCAUAGACAAUGUAGAUCCAAUGCAUAUUAUUAAUCUAGUACCAUGGAUCAACAGGGUCAGGCUUGAAUAGGCUGCUUCAAAUCCUAUGUUAAUGUUUGUUGUGAAGACCUGAAAGACUAAACCUUCCAGCACUAGGUAGGUGAUCAUACAGUAAGAUGGGUUUCUGAUGUGUUUACCACAAGGGUUAUUACAGUUGUUCAUGUGUUUGUAUUUCCUUUUCAACAACUCCUAUCACAGAACUGUAGAGAAUUUACAACACAGAAACCCAUUUGAAUCUAACUGGUUUGUGAUAAUGUUUAAGUCCCCUUUGUAGGACUUUAUCCAACACUUUUACUAUACCCUUCUACUUCUUCCAGUCUCAUAGGUUUUUCUAGUUUACCCUUAAAUAUAUCUUUGUUGUUGAAUCAGUCCAUGAGCUACUGAGCUUUGCAUUUUCAUCACUCUGGGAAAACCUGCAUUUCUCCUGAACACCACAGUAGAUUUAUUAGUGACAAUUUUAUGUUCAUUGCCUGUAGUUUUGCGUCAUUCUGCCUCCUGCAUCACGUGAAACAGUGUCUCCACAUUGAACUUUAUCAACAUGUUAAAGCCAUCUCUCAGAUCACAGGGGAAUAGCUGUAAAAUGGUUUGAUGUAAUCCAUAUGACAAUCAGGGUAUUUGUUUAGAAAAUGGUGGCAUCCUCUAUGUCAGACUGAGGUGCCGAUAAUAAUUUAGUACGUUAAGACUAUGUGCCCCUUAACUUAUUAAUCAGCAUGAAAGAGAACGUGUUAAGGGCAACCAAGCCUGCAAUGUUAAUUUAUUGAACUACUCGGCUGUAAGGUUUUUGGAAAUUAUGUAAACUUGAUGAUGUUGCUAUUAUUGUGAAACAUUGCAACAUUUGCACCCUGACAACUGAAUCUAAAAUGGAUCUGUUUUUUUUUGCUGAAGUUGUGAAGGCUACAAAAGAAAAAAAGCUUGAAAAAUACAAUUAAAAAAGUGAAAUUGUGUACUUGUCCUCUCAACUUGUUGUCCCCAUUAUUCUCUGCAUUUACACCCUUGUGUGGAAAUGAGGAGUUAGGAUUAACUAUAGGCUGUUCCUGGGUAACAAAUGGGUUUACUUCUACAAAUGUCCUUCAGAUUGAAAAUACACACGAUCUGGGAACCAUACCUCCAAGGUAUGUUAGUGAAUGGAAUCAAAAGUACACAGUGCUGUGUAUUUAAUAUUUGAGUAACAUAGUAAAUAUUAUUUGAUUAAGUAUUCUUCAUUGUUUACAUAAUUCAUUACGGGUUAUAUGUAAAAGUAUGUGAAUGGCAAACGUCAUUAAGCCACCAAGUCAUUGGUGCACGCCUCACUAAAAGUAAAACAAAGUACACACGCAAUUCCUGG